AUGGCUCCCAUUCUCUUUGAUCUUCACCAAGGCGGCCGAUACAGCGAAUCCUUUGGGCGCUACUGCCAGUCCCUUCUCGAAACUCGAUUCGAUGAACAUCGCAAAGUGGCCAAACCGAAAUUAAGCCUCGAUCUCCGCUCAGAAGCGCACCAAAUCGUCAACAUGGCCUACUACGCCUUUACGAAUCGAGGUGCAAUGAUCUUCCCUGGCUCCUAUUUACCCCAUGCUUACUCUCGUGCGACAGCGCAGUUGAAUUGGUCUUUCAAGGACCUCUCGAAAGCUCUCGACGCUCUGGGACCCGGUCAACCUACCCCUGAACAACGGCACGACCUUCUCAAAACAUUCGAGCCUCUCGGUACACCACUCUCAACUGGAAGGCUACCAUGUUUGACGGAACCGUCGUGCUUCGUGGACUCUGAGGGAGUGAUUGGGUUUUGGAGCUUCCCCAGUGUUAUCCAAAGAAAGAGACAGGACUUCAUGCUGAAUGCGGUACAUGCUCUUUCUGACGGAAACGGGUUGACCCGCAUGCCCAACGAUCCAAAUCGGUACUUCGAUGUCGACGGGAACGCUCUCCGCGGUGGAACAGCCAAGUUGGAAUUGUGCAACCUACCUGAUGGUGCGCGACGCCCGGCAUUGUGCCCCAUCUUCCUUGGUCCCGAUAGCGCCAUGUACAUCAAGUUUCUGGAAGAGAUGCAGGAAAGCUUCGCUGUACUCGGCGGGAUUCUGGCUGUCACCCAUCCAUGGCUGUUUGACGCCGGCCUCUCCAUUCUUUCUUCAUUGGAGCACGGAAAGAUCGACAUUUCUCAGCCCGAAAACCUCCUCGACGUUCUGUCCUUCUGGUCAUCGCCGUUCUCCAAGUUUGAGCUUGUCACAAACAGGGAAACCAUCCUCCAGCGGAUCGUCACCAGCCCCACCUGGGCUUACGACCUUGUCUGGACAGGGGGAACUCUGACGCUCGGUCGUUUCGAAUGCCCGACAUUGGGAUACCGGUUCCAUAACACUCCGGGUACCGUAUUCGUCGGACAUUUGAAGCUAAUCGAACACGGUAUUGCUCUUGGCAAGUCCGAACAAGUCCAGAUCUUCGCCUCGUUCCAUGAGUCCAUUCUCAAGCGUGUUCCUCAGUACUACAUCCCCAAAGCUCCGACUUUGGAAAUGUGGACAGGCUACUGGUUACAUAAGUAG